AUGGGCAGCUCCGGGAAGAAGCGCCGCCGCGCAACGAGCGCCAACAGCGACGACGACGUCCCUACGCAGCGCACGAUAGUCGCGACUGACGCAUCCGACGUCGACACUGCCGUUCCGUCGCCCCGUGCGCGUCUCCGGUCGCGCGUUGUGGCCCCACCUGGCCGCAACCGCAAGGGCUUUCUGGCCCAAUCGCAAUUGAGCGAAAAAGACCGACGGCACGUGCGGUACAAGGAGCGCGAGCUCUUGCAGAGCCUCAAGGAGAACGCGAGCGACCUGGCCACGCUGUCGAGCGACACGUUCGACGUGCACACGCAGGAGCUGGACCACAUGUACGAGCACGUGUGCUACCCGCGCGAAGCCAAUUUGGACGCUAGUAACCUGGACGAGCUCAACGUGGCAGUGACGAAACAGUCGCAAGCGCUGGGUUCGAGUGACUUGACCAAGUACGAGACGACCGAGCUGAUCCGCGCGACGCGCGAGGUGUGUGUGAAAGAGUCGCAGCCUCAAGAUUUUGACUGGCAUGCGCUGGGAAAUGCAGCAGGAGCGUGUUUUCGAUCGGUGCCGGAAAUCAGUUUCUUGUUUGGACUAAUGGAUACGGAAGUGAUACGUAAGGAGAGGAAAAAGUCGAGACGAGUGCAAGAUGAUGUGAAUGCUCAAGAAGCACAGCCGACGGAGUAUACGAACAAGAAGGACCGUAGAGACGCACAGGCGCGACGGUUGGAGGUGCUGCAGUCGACGUUGAUUCAGCACGAGAGCCGUCAACCGCUGUUUGACAUGGUGAUCAAUCCAAAGAGCUUUACUCAGACCGUUGAAAACCUGUUCGACACGUCGUUUCUUGUGCGCAACAACUCUGCUGAGAUCGGCGUCGACGAGGACACUGGCCUUCCGUAUCUGAGGAAUCAGGAAGGAAUGGGUGAAGCCAACAUACCGGCGUCGACACAGAGUAUCAUUAGCAUCACGCCCGCUCAGUGGCAGCAGCUCGCACAAAUGACAGGACGAGAUGAACCCAUGCUGGGUCACCGGUCAUAG